AUGCUGCUCUACAAGGAAGCCAGAAUCGCGCUCCCUUUCAAAAGGACGUCGCCGCGGCGCCAAUCAAAUGAGACGAACGCUGAAACCAACAAACCGAUGCGAUGGUGUCUGACAGAGGCCGCCGUCAAGCUGGUGGAGAGAGGAGCGAGACUACUGUCGGGCACGCGUGACACCGUCCUAGUGUUCCUCCACUCGUGCUUCCUGCUCUUUGUUUUGCUAGACCGAGCUGGUCUGACGGCUUAA